UGCUAUGGUACAGCCCCCCAGUCAGUCAGUCAGUCAGUCAGUCCGUCUAGAAGCAACAUGGCGAUAACAACACUGUGCGCCGUCAUUGCUGCUCUGAGAGUCAUUCCCAACAGAUCCCAGUUCUUCCAGUAUGAGUCCGUCACUGUGAGCUGUGGGCCGCUGGGAAACUCUUCUGGCUGGAGAGUUAAGAGGAACACAUCCACAAACAUAAACGAAUCCUGUGAUAGAAUGAAUGAACCUCACUGCUCCAUUAGUGAACUUUACCCGUUAGACACCGGCGUGUACUGGUGUGAGUCUGCAGCGGGAGAAUGCAGCAACACCGUCAACAUCACCGUGAUCGGCGCUGGCGGUGUGAUCCUGGACAGUCCAGUCCGUCCUGUGAUGGAGGGAGACUCUGUCACUCUGCGCUGCAGAACCAAGACGACUUCCUCCUUCAACCUCACAGCUGAUUUCUAUAAAGAUGGCCGCCUCAUCAGGAGCAGCUCUACAGAAAACCUGACCAUCCAUAGUGUUUCAAAUUCAGAUGCAGGACUCUACAGGUGCAACGUCUCUGGAGCUGGAGAAUCACCAGACGGCUGGCUGACUGUCAGAGCAGGGCAUCCUGAGUCGCCAGACUCCCCUUUCACACGCAUUCUACUUCCUGUGAUGGGCCUCGUGCUGGUCGCGCUUGUCUCUGUGAUGCUGCUCUGCCUCUGGAGAAGCCGCAAAGGUAAAGUGAAGCGUGAUGUCUCGUACACUAAUGUUAUCAUCACACAGGAAGAGCAGCCCAACAGGAUCAGAGAUGUGGACGAUGCAGAGUCCUUCUACUCUACUCUACAACCGGUAAACCACCUGACAGGAAACAUCAACAGUCUCACUCCCAGCACGCCAAAAAACAACGCUUGGCCAUGAGCCUUUGGCGUUUGUUAUUGACUGAAGUCUCCUUUAGUGUCUCGGUCAGACGCAGGAGGCUUUCAACAUGUGGAAAUGUACAUUUUAUGAUUUUAUUUGUCUUCUGAGCAGCCUGGCUGAAACUUUUUAACAAAGCUGAGCCACUUCAUCGACGAGGGAAUGAAGUCUUAACGGUCGACCAAAACAGUGACGUCUCAAUUUCAUCAUCUGGAUAUAAUGAAACAGAAAGUUCAGUGUCUGUGUAAUAAAACAAGCUGAAACUGAAGUGAAAUAAAUCCCAUGAAAUUCA